AUGGCGACCUCCGGAGGCGUAGCGGGGCUCGUGGACUUAAUUUCGUAUUAAAAAUGUCCAAAUAGUGCAGAAUGUGGCGACAAAAACUCAUGACAUCAUGGUGAUGCUUAUUUAUUGAGUUUCUUUGGAUUUUCGUGUAAAGUGAAAGAAUGGCGUCACCAGAAACACCCGAAGCGAUGGAGCUGGAGAGUCCGGAGGAUAUCCGAAGGGAGAUUGACCAAAAACUGGAGGAGGACGGCAUGUCACACGACUGUACAGAUGAGGAUAAACUCCUAUUGGUGUGGAAACUUUACCAACACACAGAGGCUACCCUGCAAACUGCAAUCGAGAAUGAAGAAAAGUUGAAACUUGCUCAGACAGCAGAAAUGCAGGAAGUCGAAAACUAUGUGGAACACAUACGUCACCUAUCAGAUGAAAGAGAGGCUUUAAUCCAGGAGCUAGAAACUGAAAACGAUCAACUAAAAGGAGAUAUCACACAGCUGAAGCAUGACCAGAAUGCGGAAGCAGUGCUAAACGAAACAGCAGAAAUGUUAAUUCAGCAGGGCUUGGACGAUAUUGCUAUGGUCUCGACCAGUGAACAGAUUGCAUUUCUUCUUGUUGAGCGUGCUCGUCUUCUUGACGAGUUGGAAGCUGAGCAGAGUCGAACAAUAUCGCCAAUGGAGGCUAUUACGGAUGGUGAAGUUUCCGAGGAUAUUUUGAAACUAACUCUUGAAAAGGAGCGAAACGAACAUGAGGAGGAACUAAUUCAAGCAAGGGAUAGUAUUCGCUCCCUAAAGACAAACUAUGAGGAAGAAAUAAAUGGACUAAUGGAUGAAAACAAUAAACUAGAGGAUGACCUUGUGCAGACAAAAGAAAAGUUGGUUGACAUUGAGAAAGAAAACACAGUGCUGAAAGAUGAGAUACAACAGUUCAAGUCAGACUCGGAUUCACGAGCAUCAACACCUCGAGUUGGACGUCCACCAAGUCCCGCUCGUAUGCCUAAUGAUGUGGCUCUCCGAAACAUCAUUCAGGAAAAAACUAAGCUGGAAGGGGAACUUCUAACACUGAAGUCCCAUAUACGGAACUUGGAAUCCACCAAUGAAGAAAAUUCCCAAAAGAUUAAGAAUGUUGAGGAGGAAUUGGCGAAGACACAGAGUCUCCAUCAACAGCUACAGAUGAAAAACAGAAGUCUUAAGUCGGAAAUCGAGGAGGCAGAACAACAACUGGAUGAAGCUGAGAGCAAUGUUGAUGAGAUGUCAGCAGAGAAGGAUAAGAUGAAGGAAAGUCUAAACUCAACAGAAAAUGAGAUGAAAACUCUCAGGGCUGAACUGCAGGCUUCCAGUAGUUUGAAGGAAAUCGUGGAUAUCCUAUCGUCAGAAAAGAACCAGCUUACAGAAGAACUUGGGACAUUAAAGAAGGAAUUUGAUGAGGUCUGUACGGAGAAAGAAGAAUUAACGGAAGAAAAAUUAAUGAUGAGCAAAAGUGAAAUAGAACUCACCAAUCAACUUCAUUCUCUGAAAUUUGAAUUAGGAAGUAAAGCUGACACGGGUGAAUUUCAGAAACAGUCUGAUCAACUGUUACAGACUUUAGAUUUACUAGACAGUGCAACAACAGAACUGGAAAGCUUACGGAGUAACACAGACACUCUUACAAAGGAAAACAAAGAGUUACUCAAUCGACUUGAAAUGGCGCAAGAGGAACUCAAGAAUUUGAAACAGGAAGGACAGGAAGUAGCUAAACAAGAUCCGAAUGUUAUUAUCUUGGCCCAUGUCAAGGAUCAGAACCAAAAACUCUCUAAGGAAGUUAACACGCUAAGUACUGAUUUAGAGCACAGCCAGAAAGUGGAAGACGAUUUGAUUCAAAAGCUGGAUAACUUACAACAGCAGCAUGAUGAAGCCAAUGACAGGUAUAAUAAGGAAGUGGAGGAUUUGAAGUCAAAGCUACAACUAACAUUUUCUGAGCUCGGUAAAUCUAAGACCCUUCUGGAGGAACAGUAUGGACAGAACAGUGAGCUUCAGGACCAGUUACAGGUACUGGAGCGCACGCUAAACGAAACAUGUCAAACAAAGAGGGCCAUCGAGACAAAAGCUAGUGAAGCCGGUCAGCUCGCUCAACAAAUCAACCAACUCGAAAAUCAGUUGUUAGAAAAAGGCACUUUUGAGCAAAUGUUUGAGGAAAAAAGAGACGAAAUAUCUUUAUUAGAGAAAGAAUUAGAUGAGUUGGAAGGACUAAAGUUUGAACUGGAAGAUACGAGAGAACAGUUGGAAAAAGAGCGCAAUGUUCGAUUUAAGAUGGAGUCAACCAUUCACGAGUUAGAACAAAUAAUGGAGGAUCAGAAAAUAGAUAAUGAAAACAUGCAGCAGAGUCUAAACAACAAGCUAAAAACUUACGAAAACCGUGUGAAGGCUUUACAAGAUGAUUUGUUUGCUGCCCAAGAUGAGAUUCAAACAAUGCAGGAAACACAUGAAAAGGAACUACUGAAGGUCAAGGCCACAUCUAUUGACCUUCAGGAGAGAAUGCAGGCAGAGAAAGGUCGCAGUUUGCAGGCUGAGGUCAACAGUGCUAAUCAAAGGAUUGAUGCCCAAAAGAACGAGAAUCUCGAGCGACAAUUAGAAACAUUAAAAAUUCGCCUGGCCGAGUCUAACAACAUAUUGGAGCUUACAACACGUGAUAAAAGUGCAAAAGAACAUGAGAUUAAGGUGCUUAACGAAUCUGUAAAACAGAACGAGAUAGAUGGAAGAACUGUUAAUACCCUUAAGAAGGAACUGACCACUGCCCAGCGAGAGCUUGAACAUUUACACCUGUCCACUAAGUACAGUGAGGAUGAACGGCAACGACACAUGGAUAAAAUCCACUCAUUGGAGGAUUUCUCUAAACAGUUGGAACUGGACAAUAGGGAGAUAGCCAGUAAGUUAUCAGAAUCAGUCUCAAAAAUGCAGACCAUGGAGGAUCAGCUGAAGAGAGACAAACAACGCAAUUCAGACAAGCAGUACCAGAGUAGUGUACAUGUAACACAGGUAGAAAAGGACCUAGAGGGCAGCACCAAACAAAACCGACAACUCCGCGACGAACUCCAGAAAAAACAGACCUACGUGAUGAGACUUGAGGCAGAUGCCAUAGGCAAUGCAGCAAAGUAUGAGAGUACGAUAGCGAGGCUUGAGUCGGAGCUGGGAGACAUGAAGAAUUAUCACAAGAAGGAGGUAGAGAGUACCCAGGACAGACUAGACGCUGCCAACAGAGAGCUGGGUCAUCUACGGGAACAACUCAGGGAAAAGGAACAGGAGGCCAGUACCAAUUUGCAGGAAGUGAGUCGUUCCAAAGGCGCAACAGAUCGCCUUGAGGCCCAGCUCCAGACAGAGAUCAAGAUACGCACCGACAUGGAAAAUCGCAACACUGCCCUUGACCAGGAGGUUAGCAAGAUCCUGAGAUCUAGGAAUGUAUGGACUCAGGUGAGAACACUUAUGGAAAAGAACGCAUCCCUGGAAUCUAGCAAACGAAGCCUUGAAGAUGAACUGGAGCGGAAAAGGUCAACGACUCGUCAAUCGGAGACAUCUUUUGCUCAUUCCACAGCCUCUCAGGAAGUCGCCAUGAAAUCGUUGAGCUCACGAGCAGACCUAGCAGAGAAGCGGAUACCUGUUGGCAAGGGAGGUAAUUCAGUGUGGAGUUGUAUACCAAUUAUACAUGCAGAGAAAUUGCAGCAAGAUUUCAGCGACGUAUCAUUUAAACUUCGUUCUGUCGAGCAUCAGUUGGCACAGGCUGAUGAUCUAAAACAUACACUCAUGGACAAAAAGGAGCAAAUUUCUCAACUUCGAAAUCAGCUUGAAGCAGAAAAAUUACAAAGGACACUUCUAGAUCAGACUGUUUCUGAACUAAAACACCAGGUGUCGCUCCUAAAACAGAGAGAAUCAAAAGUAUCUGAGCAAAAUCGUGAACUCCAGCACACCAUUCUUGAUCUAGAGUCGAAGAUGGAGGAUAUGGCUGAUCGAAACCAGACAUCAUUGGAAAUGGAUUCAAAUGCUUAUUUAGGCAACUCCUGGGAUUCCAAGCAACAACAUUUGACUGACGUUGGGAAGCGGUCGCUGAUGGAUCAGAUUACACGGCUACAGAAAGAGGUGAAAGACCUUCAGUACGAGCUGCUGACUGUUAAUGAGCGACGGGAAAUUCAAGAGCGGAAGUAUGAGGAUCGCAAGAUGAAAACGAAGCACAAACUAAUGAGAGCAAGCUCGGUCUCCCCGGGUGAUCUCAUUCGUGUUUGUAUGAAGGAGUUUUAUGCUAAGGAAAGAAACAGAAUGACGGAACAGAUGACUAGAAUGGAUGAAGAUUUAUCCCUUACAAGAUCAACAUUACGAAAGGAGCUCGACUGGAAGGAAAAGAUAGAUAAAAAUUAUCAACACUUACUCCACGAAAAGCGCGACCUUUUGUCAAGGCUGGCAGAUCAGGACGAGACUUUGAGAGAGAAAGGCCGUUCAGUAUCCACACUACAAGUCCGCUCCAAAUAUCUGGAGGACGAGAAUUCACGGCUACUGGAUCGUAUCGAGCUUAUCAACCAACAAAAGCUUGGAAUCGAUAAAGUACUCAAAGACUUUAAACUUGGAAAAGACAGAGAGUUAACACGGUCCCUGGUCUUAUCUCCGGCGGAUAGCCAUCACCCUCACAGCUUGACCGGUGGCACCAGUGGCCUUGGCAAUAGUGUGGACUCGAGCUGGGCCAACGAUUACCGUGACAACAUAACACCCUUCCGGACGCAAACCUCCAAUGUUGACACUUACCUCAACCGGAAUUAUUCUGGUGGAACCGUGGAUCUAUACAGAGCCGAGACCGGAAGUGAGGAUUCGUACAGUCACGAGUUUGAUGCAUAGUAUAGAAUGUUUGAUUUUCAAUUAGUAUUAUAUUCCGGAUGUUGAAAAUGGGUAAAUGGACAUCUAUUCAUGUGUGUGUGCAAAACGUUCACCUCGUGCUUUUAAACGUUUACUUCGCGCGAUUAGUUGUUUGUGCAAUUGUGUUCCCAAUGGAUAUUAUCCACCAGUAUUCGAUUUAUCCAGAUUGAGAAUGAAAUGAGUGUGAUAAGUAUGAUUAGUCGAACCAUUUUUUGUACACACCAAUUAACGAAAAUGUACUUAUUAUGUAAUAUUUUACUAAUAAUGUAGUAUAAUCAUGAAUGUUUGGAUGAUUAUCAUCAUAUCUUCGUUCAUAAUACUUGUAUAAGUGUUAACUAAUGAAAUAUAUGUUGUUUUCCUUGAAGAGUAAGUGAUGCAAUCGAGCUUUGUAAGCCACUUAUUUUGUUUUUGGUUUCCCUAUAUUCAGAGUGUAAGGGACAUAAUGGCCUUUCGGUAAACAAUAUCAAGACACUUUGCUGGGAACAAACGUGACUGAUUUAUAUAGGCAUGAAGGCCACGAUUAAUUCAUGUUUAUACAUCAUAUCAGUAAUCUUGUUUUAACCUGAAUUCAAUAGUAUUGCUACAUGUUUGUUCCUUUUUAAAAUACUCAUAUCAUUCUUUAUUUUUUUGUGAUUUCAAUUUUUCAUUGUUCGCACAAUUGAUUCCAUCCAUUUAGUAAUUAAUAUUUUUUUAUUAAUAACGCUUUUAUUGAUUAAAUCGAUAAUGAGAUUAUAUAAGACAUAAAACAACAUUCCAAUUAAUGUUCCAGUCGACAAUUUAUCAUGUAUUGGUAUGAAUCAGGCUUUUUAAAGUUAGUUUAUUUAUAUUGUAAUCGAUAUACUUAAUUGACGUCCAACUUAAUGUUAUUUAGCUCUUUACCCCAUGUAAGACAAUGUAUCUGACGACUCUUUGUUGAUAGGGGGAAAUACGUUGUGGUGCUAACGUAAUGUAACUUAACAUUUCCAUGGCUUUUCACUCUAAACUAAGAUUUAGAGAUUCAAUAUAUCCAGCAUUUUUGAUGAAAUAAUUUAUUUUGAUAAUUCAUAGCAUUUUCAUUUUCUAUCUUUGAAAAACUCAUGUUUGGUUCAAAUAGCAAAAAAGGACAUUGAUACAUAAUGUAAAAAUGCUCUUACAUGGGGCAAACGAGCAAUCUGUAUUCACAACAGCAUCUGCUAGUCAGUUAGAUAAGAUGAUUCCAUCCAUUUAUACUAAUUACAAAUUAUACAUGUAUAAAAUAAUAUAAAAUAUUUAUGAAUAUGAAACAAGUUAUUUUAACUUAUAUUAAUCUAUGUAUUGUCUAUUUAUAACAUUGUGUUUUAUAUUGAAAACUAAUUUAAAUUGUUGUAGAAAGAUAAUCAUAUUUCCCCUUAGAACUUGUUUUCCAUGUAAAAUAAUACAAUUCUACAUUAUCUAUUUAACGUGCAGUAAAAUCUGUUUUAUCCAACACUAUGGAACACCACGUGUGUCAGAUUAUUUGGGACCAGACAUAUUUCAUUUCGUAGAAAUUGGAUAAUAUUGAUUUUGUUAGAUUACAUAAGGUGUAAGAAUAUUAAUAUUUCGGGGUCAGAUAAGGCAGGUUUUAGUAUACAUUAUUUAUGGAAGUAUACUUUUCUAAACAAUAUGACAUAAGGCAUUAAGACGAUUUCUAGCUACAUUUUAUACAGCUAACCCCAGGUACCUUAUACAUAUAACGUUGCAAUUGUUCUUCAAUUCACGCUUAGUUUACUAUUUUAGGAGUUUCACGUCAUAGAAAAAACGAAAUGUAUUCAGGAGUACUCAGCAUUUUCUUAAAAUGUAUAAAUAGAUAUAUUGUGUAGGAUUGAUCAAUAAAUAUAACAAUCAUUUUGCAGGAGCGUCAUAUAUAUUCAACAGUUUGAAUAUGGAAUCGUUAGGACGGCAGCACAAAAGACAAAUAAGAAGUCAAUUUGGCUUAAUACGCAACACAACAAGGAAAUAGAGAGUCGUGUCUUUUUAAAAAGUAUAAUUAUCAGUUUCAGAGUUCAAAAUAAAAUGGUCUUUAUUUAAGGACACUUUAUAAUGUUUUUUGGUUAAUUACAGUAUAUGUGAAAUAAUCUUACCACAAACUAGAAAUACUUCAAACGUUGUUGUUGUUCUAUUGUAUUAAACAGCAUUGUUCACAAGUAUGGUGGAAUAUUACACUUAUUUUUUUUAUAUUCGUCAGUGCCAAAGUAUUUUUAAAAUGAAUAAAUUCAGUAAGGGGUUAACGAGAAUUCAAAUAUAUUAGUGAUCAUUUUAAUUUUGAUUAUCUUCGCUCAGAAACUGGUAAUAAAAUUGGAAUAAAAUGAGGAUGAACGCACUGUGUAGUAAAAGUGAAAAGUCAUUGUGACACAAAUAAAAAGGUACACGAACAUUCACUCAAGUAAUUCUGACUAAUGAUAUAAUGCUUAAUUAAAUAUUCAAGAGUAUAACUGGAGCAUACAACUGGUAUAAUUUGUAAAAUAGCUCAUGUUUUAAAUCAUUUAACAUUUUUAACAUUCGGUUUUACACACUUUAAACUAAAAGAAAGUACUUCCAAUAUCAAUCUACCAUAUUUCGCACGUUUACCACCUUCCAUUCUUUAUCAUAUGCAAUAUCUUUAGGAAUGGUAUACGUACUGGCUAACAAAGCUAUUUCGAUUUUAAGUUGUUAACUUAGCGUGGCUACUAAAACAGUAAAACACAUUACAAACGAUGCCAACCAGUUUUGUGCUAAAUAUUAUUGGCGUGAUAGCAUAUCACAGAGCCUCAGUUUGAUACAGAACAUAUACAUAUUUAGUAUCAUUAUUAUAGUUAUUACGACAUUUGUAACCGGUUAAUUUACAAAAUUUACAAAAUUAACUCCUUACAUUCGUUGUAGUACAUUUUUUAUAGACGUACAGUACUUAUCGUGUGAUAGAAAUUCCUGGAUAUGUUUUAUUGUUUCAUUACAAAAUAGAUUAAUGAAACUUGAACUACAUUUUGAGGCUUUUGCAGGUUUCCUGCAUUCCUCAUAAGUGAACAUUAUAUAUUGCAUAUUUUAAAAUCAUUUUCGAAUAUCUUGCAGGGGUUUAAAAAGCAUGUUAGUACCUAAUUAAUAAAACAAUCAAAUCUGGUAGCAGAGUUAAGGUUACGAAUGGGAGAUUAAAGUCGAAUGCAUAUCUAAUUGGAAAAAGAAGAAAAUGUGUUUUACUGUUUAGUUGUGUUCUGAAUGAGACAGUGUUCACUUUGGUAGGUUUAUAAACUGGAAGUACAUUAAAUUAUAUAUAAAACAGUAUUCUAGUAUUAAUGUGAUUUACGUUUAAUUAUGAUCUAGCUAUAGUUUAGUACUAAUUAAUGACAAACUGUAGUUUAGUUCUAGUUCAUCUCUGUACUAUAGCGCUAUCUUACUUACAUUUAUUGUAGACAUUUUUAGUUUCAGAAAGCUAGGUAAUAAAUUAGUACAUGGGUGGGAGACGUCUACUAGGAAAUGAAACUUAUAAAGCAUAUCAGUGAAAUCAUUGCCUUGUCUGUCGUCGUACACUAUUUAUCCCACUGAAAUGAAAAGGUCCCUGAUAUGUACAUCCGCUCUUACUAAAACUUGUAAUUGGAUAGCAUAGGAUAUUUAAAAAGAAAUGGAAUGUUAUCUAUUGUUUCUGAUCUACGACCACAAACAAAACACAAACAUUCGGGCAUGGUGCCUGCCAAUAUAUUCACUACUAGUUUUCCGUGUGAUAAAUGACGCUAUUCAAUCUUGGCAUGCGUUCUACUGAAAGAAAGAAAACAUCAAUUCAAACAUUUGUAUAGCAUUCAUUUAGGUCACUUAAUUCAAUAGUGACAUAUACGGUAACUUAUUUGAAAAUACAUCUGCACAUCCUUAUGUCAUUUCGUGCUACAUGAUUGUUCUGAAGCGGUAACUUCCGCUAAAUUGAAGGAUUUUCAAAUCUGUCAAGUCACACUGCUACAAAAAUGUGCCUUUGUGAAGUAAUAUUAAAUAAAUACUUAUUUUCGCAGUAGAUUCACUUUUUAUUAAUUCAAAUUAUAUUUGGAUAUUUUUGUUAAACUUUGGAUUGUAUGAUCAAUUACUUGAGAAUAAAUUCAAAACACUAUUGGUAUUUUUGAAAAUGUCUGAUAUAUGGUAAAGUUCAAAGAGCUUGUAUGUAGUUUAAUUUCUGUGUAUGUAUGCGCUGGCGUCAUUGGUAAUUGACAUCAUUGUUAAACAUAUCAAAUCUAUGCAACGCUUUCAAUCUGCCAUAUAAAGUUAUACGAUAUUCAUUGGAGAUUACUGCAAUAGCUGUAACUAGGUAUUGUUCAAACAAGGAAUCCUAUUUUUAGUGUUUUAAUUAGCUCUUUCUGUUUUACAUUUUAUGUGUGACAGUGACAAGAUUGGUUGGCAUAUAUCAAAGUAGUGUUAACAUUGGUGUUCUAAUCGCGGUCUUUUAUCAGUUAUUCUAUGAAUAUACACUUCAUUUUAUUACUCACGUCAAGUCAUGCCCAGAAUCCAUAAAUAUGAUAAAACAUUAUUGAACAAUUGUAUGCCUGUGACGUCAACAAGAUGAUGCUUGAAGACAAUGACGAGGAUUUUAAAUUUCGUAGUUGCACAGAAGAAAAUUACAGUGUCGAAAGGUUUCUCAGUGGAGUCCUACAAAAAUAAGUGAAAUGAGCGUUUCUGUUCAGUUUAUUUCUUACUAGUUAUUUUCCUGUAAUGAUGUCUCAAUAU